CAUUACAAUUUUGUUGUGAUUCGGUGUGAUAAACUAUUGCAGUGCAGUGAUUAACACCAGUGUAGCAACAUGGCUACGAAAACGGACAGUUUCGGGUUUAAUGACACGAAGUUGUUUCAAGUGGCGCGGGACUGUUCGCCGGACGACCAUAAACAUACGCAGAAUCUGGUAGAAUCGAAAGAUGAUAUGCUGUAUGUUUGGAACGCGAAGAACUGUUGUAUUUUGGUGUUGAAUUGGCGGGCCGCUGCUUCCCGCAAGAAGGAUGACCUUAAACAUCAGACGCUGAUCCCAUCGGCACCGCAGAACUUCACGGUGGAAAAGAUACUUCCAUCCACGGACGGAACGUUCCUAGCGCUGGCCGGUCCGAAGGGUGUCUCCAUUAUCGAAUUGCCCCGGCGCUGGGGCCCCAACGGCCAGUACCAGAACGGCAAGGAGUGCAUCAUCUGUCGUGCCUACAAUCUCGACGAACAUCUAUUUACCGAAAAUGCAAUGCUCGAGCUGCUACAGAUCCGCUGGCAUCCGGCAUCUCCGACGGAUUCACACCUGCUCGCACUCCUGUCGGACAAUUCGAUAAGAGUGUACGAUGUGGACUCGCUCCGUCAUGUAUGGCGCAUUGGACCGACACCAACACCGCAAGCCGUCAUCGGUACAGGCGGUACAGGCAAACAAGCCGGUGGUAUCAUCGCCGGAUCACCGGGUAACAACGUGUCCUCGUCCGGAAUCACUUCGAAGCUCGCCUAUCUUAACAGUCUGGGCGAUACGGCUGUUGAUUUUGACAUCGCACCGCCACGUGUGGUUUCUUCCGCCACCGGUUCUGGAAGUGGUUCUAUCGGCGAUGCAACGUUCUCACCGACGCUGGCAGGGACGACGACCCUGUCAACGACGUCGUCAACGGUGGCCACCACAGCGAAGUCGGCCAUUACUCCGAAGGAAGGUGGUGCCCUCAUGAAUGAUUCUUUGAUGGCGCACAAGAAUAAAAAAUCCAGCACAGCAGCAACUGCAGCAGGAGUCGGUACGAAAGUCGAGUGGCCGAUAGUGAUUCUGCGGGGCGACGGCAAUGUCUAUGUACUUUGUGCCGGCAUCGACACCAAUCGUCCCAAACUGCAAGGACCGAUUUCAAUUCAGCCCCAGGUGGACGAUAACUAUGGGCUCGAUUCCUGUUCGCUCAUCGUCAUUCCGACACUACCGCCCACGGUCAUCAUCGCCGAAAGCACGGGCAAAACGCAUCAUGCACUCUUCCUCGAGGAGUCCUGCCCGCUCGAACGCUCCCUCACAUCCGAGCUAGCGGACAGCAAUCUUACCAUGCAUCCAUGCGAAUGGUACCUUCACGUGCUGGAAACGGUCGAACUCGAGCUGGGCCUACCGAGCGUCGAGGAAACGAAGGAAGCCAAGUCCUACUCCUGUCCGUUGCAUCUCAAGCGCGACCCGUUGAACGAGGCUCGCUACUUUGCCUACCACAACGCUGGUUUACACGCUGUCACGCUAGAUUUCACUCGUCCACUGCACGAAUUCGUACAGCAGGAGUACGACGAAGAGCUGGCGGAGAAGUAUCCCCUGUUCAACUCGCACAGCCGUGCCGAAUACGUCGUUUGCACGAAGGCGCUCCAAAACGCCAACACAAAUGCUGUGCUUGGUUUUACACUUCUCCAAUCGCCUUCUGGGUUGGUUUUGUUCCUCGCCUCGGGACAGGUUGUUUCGCUGGAUCUGAUUACUGAUCACAGUUUGAUUCGCAAGUGGCCACUCGCGGGUUCGAACAAAAAAACCAACAAUGGUGAAUCGCCCAUCAAAAACAUGUUGAAAGAUUCAUUCCAGAAACGCAUUCACUCGAUUCUGAAAUCGGGCCUCACGCAACCCAUCCUGAAGCUGGACCAAACCACCGAACCAACACCACAAGAAGCAUUCGAACUACUGACCCAAGCCACCCGUAUGCUUCGCGAGAACUAUUUCGUACGGCACGACAAAGCUCGCCAGGAGAUUGAAAAACGUGAGCACGUCCUAAAGCUGCUCAAGCAGCAGCAGCUGAAUGAUAUCGAGGAACUGCAGGCAGAAAAACAAAAAAUUCGUGCAACGGCCGAACGUCUGGCGGAAACCUAUGAAGAUCUGUGCGACAAGCAGAACUCCCUCUUCAAGCGGGCUCAGGAAGUGGUACGACUCGCCACAUUGCGACUGCCAAAGGGAUCUUUCUCCGAGAAGCAAUUUGCCGAGCGGAUCGAAAAGAUACACCAAUCGGUGAAGUUGUUGCAAAAAAAUGUUGACCAGGCGAAGCAAAAGAUCGCAACGCAGCAGAUAGAGCUGGAAUCGAACAAGAAGACUGCUAAAGAAAAGACGAUUACCUUGCCGGUUAAACAGGAAAACAUCAUAAAGCAGAUCAUUGGUGAAAUGUACACACAAAUCGAUUCAAACGUGAAAGACGUGAAGAAGAUGAACAGCAUUCUCAACCUCACCUAAAACUACUCUUUCUAUGUUUUAUGACACUUACGUUUAC